GCCUUGAGGACCAAUUAGACUCAAGAGCCCUUCAGUGGACAAUUUAACCAAGAAACAGCUAACAGCAUCUGGAAUCCAAAAGACCAGAAGACAUUUGUCCAAGUCAGCGAAGACAUCAAAAUGAAGAUAGUCUUGCUGCUAGCUGUACUAAUGGCCUGUGGCUUAUUUGAGGUACAAGACUUGCUACAAUUCCAAAACAUGAUUGGGAAGCUCACGGGAAAGAAUGCAAUUUUUGACUAUGGCUUCUAUGGCUGCCACUGUGGCUUGGGAGGCAAAGGAACCCCCAAGGAUGCUACUGACAGGUGCUGUUCCACCCAUGAUUGCUGCUAUUUUAAGCUGGAGAAGAAAGGCUGCAAACCCAAAACACAGAACUACAACUACAAGUACCAGUCUGGGUCCAUUAUCUGCGGGUCUGGGACCAGUUGUCAGAGGGCCAUUUGUGCCUGUGAUAAAGCUGCUGCCUACUGUAUGAAGAAAACCCUGUGGAGUUAUAACGUGAAAUAUCGCUAUUUCCCCAAUUUUCUGUGUAAAGGGAAUGAACCCCAAUGCGGAAGCCUAUUUUCUCUUUUUUCAAUAAGAAUUGACAAGAAACCUCAGAACUCCAAUUCCAAAGCCAUUAAUCUGACCCAUCCCAACCUUUUCUGAAUAGUAUUGCUUUGCCAUUAGAAUUCAGAUUAAUUAAUGCAAUCAAUCAACAAACCUUUAUUAAUUGCUUACUCUGAGCUAGGCAUUCUAAUAUAAAUUACCAACCUCAAUUCCAAAGGCCUGAUGAUGGAAUCCAUACCUGUAGUUUGCUGCUGUUGGGACUUUUGGUUUGGUUUCUUUAACUGUUCCUCAUUGUUAUGAGGAAGGGAGUGGUUAUUAGGAAGUGACAGUGAUAUAGGGAGGGGGAAGUAUCAAUAAAAGGUUGGGCCUGUUU